AUGAAACACUGGCAUACACGCCGAAUCCGAGAAGCCAUCGAAAUUCACCGCCACAACACCGUGCCCCAAGACUCAGGACUAUACAUCUACGACAUCUGGAAACCUCUCAUCAACAAGUACCCGGUCACUCCUCCUCCAGCACCGCCUCCAGCACCGCCCUCACCACCACCCCGACAGACACCCGUACAUCAACCACCGCCACCCGCCGAACCCUCAAAGCAGCCGCCAGUCUCACAGCUACAAUGCACAGCAGACGACAACAGACUACAACGCCGCCUACGUCGGGGACACACACAGCGUCUCGCCGACAGCACUUCCCACUCAUCGACUCGAAACUCUCCUAAGUCCGCAACCCGGAGCCUCCAGCCCAGGCGGUCAGUCAGACGAAUUACCAGACGACCAUCCAUGCCCACUCCCCGAUGA